AUGGUCACGGGGUACGACAGCGGCCCCCAGACUACGACUCUACAAAGGAAUUGCGAUUGCGGACGAAUGGUAGGUUCACGUCGCGCUGACACGCGGUUCGUCGUAGCGCUCAAGGUCCCCGAUCGCGGGCAGCGCACGCGAAGGAGUCGCAUCCCCCCGUGGCUGUGGGCAGGGAGUCGGAGGACCAACGACCGGUGGAGGAGCACACCGCACCGCGUGGCAGGGCCUCGUGCGGGCUCCGCUGCGGCCGAGCGACCGCGCCUCUCCUGCAUGCUCUUCAGCGGCCCGCACCUCGACAACGUCAUCGGGCCCAUCCCCACCUGCUGCGACGCGAGGAACCCCCCGCGCUACUCGCCCAUGAAGGCGCGAGACCACCUCAAGGCGCAGUACAUCACGAAGAGCAAGGAGGCGGACUACAACCCCGCCGCGUGA